AUGCCAUCCAAUACUUCUAUCCGUUCCAACUCAAAUGCCAUCAAGGCACGUGCUCCAGCUUCAGCUCCAAAACGUCCAACAUCAGCUGAAUACGUGAAAAAGUACACAGAAUACCUUGCAACUGGACAUCAAAUCCGUCAUGCUCUCCAAAGACUCUAUGAUCUCAAUUGUUCGAUUCAAGUGUUCGAAGAGUGUCUUACUGAGAAAGUGAUUCUUCAAAAAUACACUGGGCAAUCCGAAUAUCAAUAUCCUGUUACUUUGCUCAUGAAUAAAUUCGAUGAUCUUCGUAAACGGGAAAUUCGUGUCGCCAAUGAGAAAUGGUCAAAGAAUGGAGAAUUGAGUGCAGCAAUGUUCACGAAUAAGAUGGUUAUGGAACAACGGAUGAAGGAUUUGGAGAAAAUGGAUCAGAAGACUGCUAAUAAUUUAUUUGUUGCUGCUCUUGGAGACUCUUGCUUUAUUCCAAAAAAGAAGGUGGAUUACUCAAAGUUCAAGAUCACAAAGAGAUCCAAAUCAUCUACUUCCACUUCUCCAUCUUCAUCUUCUUCCGAAACUUCUUCUCCAAUUGCCUAG